UGUCAGCAACAGCAGCAGCAGCAGCAGCCUAACAUGUAUGCAGGAAUGAUGGGGAUGCCCCAGCAGGGAAACAUGGCGAUGGCAGGCAUGCCCCAGGGCAAUAUGGCCAUGUAUGGUCAACAACCACAACAGAUGCAGCAGCAACAGAUGCAGUUCCAGCAGAUGCAGCAGCAGAUGUCAGCCAUGCGUGUGGGUGGCGGAAACAUGAUGGGACAGCCAAUGCCGAGUACAGGGGGGUUAAAUUGGGGGGCCCAGAACAGCAGUGGACACACACUAUCUACCAAUCUUUGGCAAUGAUAGUUGCUGUUUUAGAUCAUUUACAUUAUUUGUUGUCAUGUGCAUGGAAUUCCUGUGGAUUGUCCGUCACAUUGCUGAGAGGUGUCAGCAAGAUCGGGAGUCAAAAUUGUUCACGCGUUAGCCAUGCUUAUGUUUGGGAGGAAGCUGUCAAGGGAAGAGCAGGACAAAGAAAGAACAUUCCAGUUAUAGACUGUGUUUUAAUCACUCAAUGUAAUGUUAAUGGUAAGAUGCCUGCUAAUUUGUAAGGUGAUGUCUGUUUUAGCUAGCGUACAUGCAGGGAAGUCAUUCUGUGACGUAAUUGUGGAGUAUAAACUAGAAGUGCUACAGGGUGUUUAUGUAAUACGUUCAGAUGAUAUUAGACAAUUCGGCACAUGUAAAGUAUUACAAUAUUACCUCCGUAAAUCAACGUUGUCUCCGUGUAGC